AUUUCCAGGAUCUGCUUGGCCUGUGACAGUGAUCAGCCAAUAUCUGACUCUGACUUUUUUCUUUUCGCUUUUCUCUUCUUUUUUCUUUCACAAAUCGGUUUCCUUACCAUGACUUCUUCUCUAUCUCUUGAUGCUACUCAAGCCGACUACAUUCGGAAAGUUCUGCAGUAUGAUAACCAUACAAACAGAGAUGCCAUGGCUGAGUUCAUGGCCAAAGACCCAUUGUAUAUUCCCCGUUAUAAUAUACCGCUCGCCACCGAACGCGAACUGGCCUUGAACCGUUUAGUCAAACUGGCUAAGCAUGGCUUCUGGUCUGUCUUCGACUUUGAAAAGAAUCCGCUCAAUGUAUUUGCAGUUCAUGAAGUUGCUGGCAUGUGUGAAGGCUCUUUGGCAACUAAGCUGACUGUUAACUUGAACCUGUAUGGAGGAACUGUCAUCAAAUUGGGAACAGAACGUCACAGGCACUACCUACCGUUGUCUGACAACAUGACCGGUAUUGGUUGUUUCGCUCUGACUGAAUUAGGCUAUGGAAACAAUGCAGUUGAGAUGGAAACCACCGCUACCUAUGAUAAAGCGAAACAUGAGCUCGUGAUCAACACGCCAACCACACUGGCACAAAAGCAUUGGAUUACCAAUGGUAGUUUGCACGCAAAAUUUGCCGUUGUUUUUGCUCAAUUAUUCGUAGAUGGUAAAAACGAAGGAGUACAUGCUAUUCUCACGCGCAUUCGUGAAGAAGACAUGACGCCUAGUGAGGGCGUACGCAUUGAAGAAAUGGGAGUAAAGUUUGGAUGCAAUGGUGUCGACAAUGCCAAACUCUGGUUUAAAAAUGUGCGAGUCCCCGCAGAGAAUUUGCUCAACAAGUAUUCUGACAUCGACAGCAAUGGAAAGUACCACUCGCAAAUCGCUUCAAGAAGAGGGCGCUUCCUCAAAGUCGCAGACCAACUGCUGUCUGGAAGAUUGGCCAUCGCGUCUAUGUGUUUAGGUGGUACAAAAACAUGCUUGUCAAUUGCUUUUCGCUAUGCUUCAAGCCGACUUUCAGUUGGACCUACGGGAAAGAGUGACACACCGAUUCUCAACUAUCAACUUCAGCAACGAGCUUUGAUGCCUCUAGUUGCCAAAACUGUUGCGCUGAACAUCGGUUUGAACUAUUGUAAGGUGAGAUGGGCUAAGCAAUCGGCAGCCGAUGUCGAUGAAGUCAUUCGUCUUUGUUGUGUUAUCAAGCCUCUUGUCACCUGGAAUUUUGAGGACACUGCAACCACAUGCCGAGAACGCUGCGGCGGUCAAGGUUACUUGUCAGUUAAUCGACUUGGCAAUUUCAUCGGUUUCUCCCAUGCAGGAAUGACCGCCGAAGGUGAUAACUGCGUUUUGAUGGCCAAAGUUUCAAAAGAGCUUUUAACUGCUUUGGAGUCUAAGAAAGCAACUUUACCAAAUGUACCGGACGCCAGAAAUGCAGCAUCGUGGUCGUUAGGCGACACCGAAACACUGCUCAAAUUAUUCCGCCUCCGAGAACAAAUUUUGGUCAAAGAACUGUCUUCAUCAAUGCAACUCAAGAUGGCAAAGGAAGGCCAGCCAUUGUUUGAAGUCUGGAUGAAACAAGAAUCCGAUACUAUUCAAGCACUAGCACGAGCGCAUGGUGAGCGCAUCAUCUUGGAACAAUUCAAAGGAGUUGUGAAUAGCGCAAGUGGCGAAUCAGCAGCAGUCUUAGGGGCUCUGUUCCAACUUUAUGCAUUGGCUACUAUCGAGGGUCAUCUCGCAUCGUAUCUUCUUAAUGGUUUGAUCAGCAUCAAGACUGGCCAGAAAGUUCCAUCCAUGGUUCGCGAUCUGGUUCAUAAAUUGAUCCCUGUGAGCCAUCAAGUAGUGGACGCACUCGGUGUCGAUCCCCGCUUGCUGUUCGCUCCUAUCGCUGGCAACUGGGAGGCAUUCCAUAAAGAAGACAAUGGAGGAGAAUGGACGUCGCUUCCUUCCAAGCUAUAAGUUCAACGAGCAUGUUUAAAUUCACGAAUGGAAAAACUUUAUGUACUUCUUAUACCAUCAGCUAUUAGUCAACAAUAUCAAACCAUGUGUUAUCGAGUAGCAGAAAAUAAAAGAAGAAAAUACAGGCAUUGAAUGAACUGCAAGCUUAAACUGCAAUAAUAGGGUGGUGAAUAUUUUAUACAACCCAAUGGGAUGAUCAAACUAGAUUGGGAGAACACGAAAACGUUUCCUCGCUGCAAUGGAGUCUCAU